AUGGCCAUCUACACGGCCAUCAUAGCUGCCAUUGAUCGUCGCCCCCACGGCCCUGUUGACCCUGAAACCGCCGCCCCUAUACUAACCAGAUCUGAGCAGGUCCGCACCUGGACCUAUUCCCGACACAUUAAAGAGAUCAUCCGAACGACCGGGCGAGAAAACAUCGUCAGUAACGAAUUACUUGCAUAUGCCCAAGACAAUCACGAGCAGUCCCUUUUCCGGAUGGUCAUGGACCAACUCCGACUUCAGCCACCAGAGCUCCUAGAUGAGCAUUUCCCCCCAGGGUUCCGCAGCGUUGAGCACGAUGCGGUCACCCAUGUGCACGCCGCCGUGCGCCGUCAGCUUAAGCAAGUCCGACAUAAGCUGCGCAAUGUCCUCAUGACCGGCAUAGUUCCCCAACGGCAAACCGGUCCCUAA